AUGUCCUCCCAGACCAGGUUCAAAACAAAAAGGCCUCGUAGUCCCGAUCUUAUUGGCAUACACAAUUACAAGAAGCAGCGUUUGAUAGAGGACUUAGAAAAUCUUACGAUUGGAGAUAGCUCAGAGGCUAAGAGUCGAAGAUUUUGGCAAAAAGCGUCAAAGGGGUUGGUAAGCGAACCAGACCCUGUAGUAGAGGGCAUUUAUAUGCCUCAUAGAACAAAAGUUCAAGCACUGGCGCUGUUAGCCUCGGACCAUGUAGAUGAUCAUAGCAUACUCUAUUCAAAGCUGAAAGAGUUGUUACGAAAUGAGGCCUUGCAAAUAAUCAAAAGGUUUGACCCACGAGAGUUGCUGUAUUCCCAAUGGUUCACAUGGCUUCGAAGAAAAACGAUGUCAAUUGAUCAUACAGAUAGUAGUUGCUACAUAGGGAGUUCAACGAAUACGCACUAUUACCAAGAUCUAGAAGGUGAUAUAGAUAUGGAUACAUAA